CUGUUGCUAAUUGGGCAGAUGGGUGGACGUCUCGCUGUGUUACUGGCCAAACAUGCCCGUCAAUCUGUCAGCGGCCCGCCUCCCGGGGAGCGGAGCCUAUAUUUAAAGUGACACAAUCCAGAAGUAAGAUAGUUGCUUUCUUGUCGCGCCGGUUGUUUGGCAAGUGCAGUAGCGAGACUUUAUUUGCGGUUCGAGAUCCAAUCAAGCCGAAAGAGCAGAAAUGAUUCUGGAGAAGCUGAAGACGUUUUCACUGAUAUUUGACAGCCCCGAUCCCAGCUCAGUGCCUGUGUACAGCACUGGCGACGAGGUGUCAGGCAAAGUAGUCCUGGAAGUGACUCGGGCAAUGAAAAUCCAGUCCCUCAAGUUGCACACCGAGGGCUUUGCGAAAGUACACUGGACCGAGUCGCGGAGCGCCGGCUCCAGCACGGCUUACACCCAGAACUACAGCGAUGAGGUGGAGUACUAUAACAAGAGGGUGAACCUCGUUCAAGCAGAUAAUGGAAAUAUCACUGUUCUGCAGGCUGGUCGUCAUGAGUUCCCAUUUAGCUUCCAGCUUCCUGAAGAGAACUUGGUCACAUCCUUUGAGGGAAAACACGGCAGCGUGCGAUACUGGGUCAAAGCCAAACUUCACCGUCCUUGGGCCACUGUUAAGAAAAUCAAAAAAGAGUUCACGGUGAUUGAACCCAUUGAUAUCAACACACCUUCAUUAUUGGCUCCGCAAGCAGGUACAAAGGAGAAGUCUGCUCGUGUCUGGUACUGUAACCUUGGCCAUCUAGCUCUGACAGCAAAAAUUGACCGGAAAGGCUACACACCAGGUGAGGUGAUCCCCAUUUUUGCUGAAGUGGACAACUGCUGCUCCCGUACAGUGACUCCUAAAGCGGCCAUCAUCCAGAUGCAGACCUUCAUUGCUAGAGGCACAACCAAGCAGAAGAAGUCGGUGGUGGCCACCCUGCACGGUGAAGGGGUGGCCCCACGCAAGAGGGGGACGUGGCACGGUCGCCCCCUGAAGAUCCCACCCGUCUCUCCCUCUCUCCAAUGCCGUGUGAUUCGUGUGGACUAUGCACUGAGAGUUUACGUUGAAAUCCCGGGAACGUCCAAACUAUCCCUGGAACUGCCCCUGGUAAUCGGCACCAUCCCACUGCACCCGUUUGGAAGCCGCUCGUCCAGUGUUGGGAGCCAGUACAGUAUGGAUAUAGACUGGCUGCGCCUUACCCUCCCAGAGAGACCGGAGCCACCUCCCGAUUACCUGGAGGUGGUCUCUGAGGAAGAGGCUGGCCAGACUGACCAACGACUGUCCGUUCCUGAGAAUGAGGAAGAGCGAGGGGGAAUGCUGGAGCAUCCCUUCUUUGUCUAUGUGCAGGAGUUCCGAAAUCGCCCCCCGCCCAUUUACUCUGAGAUUGACCCUCAUCCCCAGAGAUCGGAGAUGCGUCGCCGAUGUAUGACCUGCUGAAGAUUUCUCUGCAUAACUUUGGAGGAAAAAAAAUAGCAGAAGAGAGAUUUAAAAUCCACCUUCAGAGCCUUGGCUAAUGCCAGCACCUUGAGAGGAAAUUUGGGACAUUGCUGUCUGAAGAAGAAUGGGACAGGCUUUGAAAGGGAGGAGAGCACGACCUCUGACCACUGGAGAUGCUACAAGUCUGGUUCUCGCCCACUUUUGCCUCUUACUGUGCUAUUUGUCAUCAUCUUUUGGCAUCCCACUCUGCUGAGCUUGGCGAUUGUCGAACAGUUCCAUGCCAUUGUGGAUCUGAUGAGUGGGUAUGACAGUGGGCAGGGGAUGGGUAGAGGUCUUGGUCAAGGUUGGUUAUGCAUAGACCUUAAACCAGCAAGACCACCUUCCCUAUCCUGGCAACUGUAGGGUUGCAUGUCUCACUAGAGCUUGCACUUGACUAGUUUGCACAUGUGAGGUGCAGGGCCACUGGUGAGUGUGGGGAGGAGAUGUCUCUGUGUCAGCUUCUGCACAGACUCUGAUAGCUGGGGAGCUAUCCUAGGGAGCUGAUGUUUGGAAGUUUGCAGAAGGGUAGGAAAAAGCUCAGACCAUCCAAAGAAGAUGCAGUGGCAUUGAUGGUCUAAUCCUGUCAGACUUAAUCCCCUGCUCUGUGAGCACCAUGUGCCUCUCUUAAAACUGUAACUGGCCAAUUUGCACUGUGGUUGCAAUGCAUGGACUGUUCCCAUAGAUUGGAGAAGGGUGCCCAGUCCCAGAUGGAACAGUAGUGGCAUGAGGAGCUAGCCUUCAGUGGCAGGGAAGACUUUUAAAGUCAGGGAUUUAAAACAAAAACGCCUCUCAACGGUUCCUCCAUCUAAUCCCCUUUGACCCAACCAUCCAUUCCAAAUUCCAAGGCAGCCAAAACUGUCUCUUGCAGAAUAUUGGAAUACUUGACCUGAGGAUGUGUGCUUUAUAAGCUGAUUUCUUAUGAAGCCUUGACCUGUAACAUUUUGUUUAGGUUGUACCUUUGUUUAGAAAUGAAAGAAGUACAGAAUGGGCAUGGGGGAGGGAGAGGAAUGAAUAGGAGGGGAGAGACUAAGUUAGUGAGAUGGGUUUUGAAAGAUGUAAUUGGUCAGUGAAAUGGGUUUUAAGAGAGAGAGAGAGAGAGGUAGAGGGCCAGAGAGUUUUGGAAAGGAAUUCUUUAAAAAGAAAAUAAGAUGAGGAGUUGCAAGUUAAAUUUAUUGCAGUUGAGUUGUUAAUAAACAUGAGUAUGGUAGCAUCAUAGUGGGAUCUGCAAAGCCAACUUAGUUUCUCUGUAACUGUUAACUGUUAAAAGUAGAAUAGAUUACAAAAGGAAAAGGAGAAAGACAGAUAAGAGCUGACCAUCUCCAUACAGUGGAGUUGAGCCUGUAACAAGAUUCUGGGUCCCACCAGUCCUCUUGCCUUAGAACGGAGGAGCUUUGUGCAUUUACUUCAGACUUUCAACUGAAGAAUAUUGAUUUUUGAUCUACACCUUGUCUGUCAUUUUCUUAAAAUAAAGAAAUGUGAUUCUUAGCAAAUGUAUUUGCAGUUCAUGCUGGUGACUUGUGGUGUAUGAUGUUAAAGAUUACCAACCAUACAGGAUUAAAAAAAAAUUAAUCUCCAGCAAACUGCUAAGAGCAAAUACUCAGUAAGUCACGGGUGCAUUUUAUAUUUAAAAAACUUUUAUAUUUUUCUCUGAACAUUGAUUGUGAAAAUAGUGAGAUGGGUUGAAGAGCCUAAAACUGAGCAUCAUCCAUUUAGGAUUUUCCAAUUGGUUGAGGUGAGAAUAGAGAGGAACAGGAAGUUGUGUGAUAAUCUGCAAAGACAAUGCCAAUUAGAUUGGCAAUUACUUGGUUUGAAGGAGAUGGUUCCAGUUAUUGUAUGGAAGAUUCAGAAUAAAUCUUGCAUUUUGUAUAACAAAUCUAAGAUACUUUUCAAACCGUUAAAUUCUUUGUUUAAAAAAAUAUAUAUUUUUGUAUCUUUUCCUUUACAAUAAAAUACUCCAAAAUAUCCUUGUGGUAACUU